AUGGCGUGCCCAUUCUUGCAUGACAUUAUUGAUGAGGAAGCACUUGUGCUCAGGAGAGCCUUCAGGCGAGAGAGGGUCUUCAGGGACCGGUUGGACCCCCUUGCCUUCCCUGAUGACCAUCUGUAUGAGAGGUACAGGUUUUCAGCUGAUGGCAUCCGCUAUCUCUGCAGACUGCUGGGUCCCAGUAUAAAACACCGCACAGCACGGAGCCACGCAUUGACUGUGGAGCAGAUGGUUUGUGUGGCCUUGCGGUUCUUUGCAAGUGGGGGCUUCCUGUAUUCGGUGGGGGACUCAGAACAGCUUAACAAGGCCACAAUUUGCCGCACAGUAAGGCGUGUGUGCCUUGCUAUUAAGGCAUUGUCUGAUGUUUUCAUCUCGUUCCCUGGCCACAGAAGACUCCGUGACAUCAAAGAGGAAUUCUAUAGGAUUGCAGGUUUCCCCAAUGUCAUUGGUGCACUGGACUGCACACACAUAAGGAUAAAGGCCCCCUCAGGUGCCCAUGAGGGGGACUUUGUGAAUAGGAAAUCCUUUCACAGCAUUAAUGUUCAGAUGGUCUGCAAUGCUGACCUACUGAUCAGCAAUGUUGUGGCAAAAUGGCCUGGCUCAGUCCAUGACUCCAGAGUCUUUCGGACCUCUGUAAUCUGCCAGCGCCUAUCACAAGGUGAAUUCUCUGGUGUGUUGCUGGGAGACAGGGGGUCUGCCUGCCAGCCUUUCCUCUUGACACCAUUCGCUGACCCCCAGGACGCACAGCAGGCCUAUAACCAUGCCCAUGCCAAGACCAGGGCCAGAGUUGAGAUGACCUUUGGCCUCCUGAAGGCACGCUUUCAGUGCCUUCAUAAAUUAAGGGUCAGCCCUUUGAGGGCAUGUGACAUUACUGUGGCUUGUGCUGUCUUCCACAAUGUGGCCUGCCUGAGGAAGGAGAGGGCCCCCAGAGUGCCCCCAGCCAUGGACUGGGACAAUCCAGCAAUAAUCCCAGAUGACGACAGUGGUCGUCUCAUGAGGGAGCAAUAUGUGUUGAAUUAUUUUAGUUGA